AUGGAUGAGAUGUUGUGGGUGGAUACCUCAAGAGGGAUUUUCGAGGUUAAGUCAUUCUACAAUUUUAUGUUGGAGCGCAUAGGCCACAUUUUUCCUUUGAAGGCCAUUUGGAGGCCAAAAGCUCCACUGAAGGUUGCUUUCUUCUUUUGGACCGCUGCUUGGGGAAGCAUCCUAACUGUUGAUAAUCUUAGAAAAAGAAGUCAUGUUGUGGUCAACAGGUGUUGCUUGUGCAAGACAACGGGUGAAUCUGUCAACCAUCUUCUUAUUCAAUGCUCGGAGGCUAGGGAUGUUUGGUCUAUGCUUUUGGGUGCUUUUGGUCUUCCAUGGGUGUUCUCAAAAUCCACGGUAGACUUCUUAGAGAAUUGGAAAGGGUGUACAGUGGAGAGCCGAGUCAGAGAUGGUUGGAGGGCCACUCCCCUUUGUAUUUGGUGGGGUGUGCGGCGUGAGAGAAAUAGGAGAUUUUUUUAG